GAAGGAUUUGUUAUUUUGUUCAGAAACUCAUCAUCUAUCUACGGGGCGGCGCGAUGGAGAAAGCAACCGCAGGGGAGGAAGAAUUUGCAGAAAUGAUUUGUUAUUACCUGGAGGAUGUAAGUUUCGGAUUGGAGAUUGGGCCCGAGGGUCACUAUGUCCCGGCAUUAAGUGGCCAUGAGUAUAAAGGAACUACUAGUCCUCGCACAAUGGACCAAGAGUAUGACCUCAUGGCUAAACAAGUCACCGGGACUCAGGGAUUCGACAUGGAUUUCAGUCAGUUCCGCUACGAUUUUAAUUACAGACCCGUUGAUUUCGAUGAUAACAGUUUGGUCAUAGACGGAGAUACCAUGAGAGAUUUAUUGAACAGCCUUUCUCGUAAAUCCCUUGACCAAUACAAUCAGGACAAGGAAACAAAAUAUGAAUUUGUGGAGGUUAUCAAAGCCAACUAUCACAUGGCUGGUGCUGGCAUCAUGUUUUUCAUUACCUUUCAAGCUAAAGAAUAUUUUUCUUCUUCUGGUCAUGUAUUUCAAACUAAAUCUCACUAUUCCUAUUUUUCCCCAAAUAAGUACAUCACCUGCGAUCUUAAAGCACCACCGGAGCAAAAAGUUCAUCCCAUUGAUUCUACUGAGAAAGAAUUUGCCAAGAAACCAAGGUAGAUAUAUGUAUUUUUUGUUCCAACAAAACCAAGGUAUAUUUUAAAGGGCGGGUAUAUUUUUUAUUUUAUUUUUUGAGAAAUUUAAUUUUUAUAUUUAUGUUUUUUUUUGUAAUCAUAUUUGUGUUUAAUAUUUAUUUAAUUUAAUAUAAUUUUUGGUAACUAUAUUAAA